GAGCAAGAUGGAGGGCGAAAUCGGGUUGAAGCGUGAAGGAAGAAGCAGUAGGAGAUAGGUUCGGUUGUUUCUUCGAUCGAAGAGAGAAUCGUUGAAACUCUUCAUCAUCGACACGCAGAUUUUCGUAGCUGCGAGAAGAUGGACGCUCAAGCGAGGAACAAGGCGUUGUUUCGGGCCAAAUUGAGCGCGUUGAAGAAGGCCAAACGCAUCGAUUCCCCUCUUGUCAGGUACAAUGAAUCUGAUCAACCUGUUUGUAGGGUCUGUGACAUUGUUCUGAAGUCUGAUUCCCACUGGGAUGCACACCAAGCUUCUCGUAAACAUCAUGAGGCAAUUUCCAAUUUAAAAGCAAGUGCAGCUGGAUCAACAGGGAAUACCAAUAAAAAGUCGGACCCGGCCUCCGAAUUGCGGAAACCUCCACCUGAACCUUCUAAGGAGCUGCAGGGAAACCAAAAUGAAUCCUCAAGAGCAAUGCCUAAACCCAAAUCAUCCUCCGGACUUCCUCCAAAUUUUUUCGACAAUGAUUUUCAGAAGAGUAAAGCUGGGAAUUCUACUCGACCUCAAGUUGAUACUUCAGUGGAAAUGCAGAACAAUAUGAAUGGAUUGCCUUCUGAUGAUGUUCUAGCAACAAGAAGCGGUCAGUCAUCUAGGGAGGACAUCCAGACGGUAGAAACAAUGACGGGUCCUGAAAUGAAGCAAGCAAAAGGAGCACUCCCUGAAGGUUUCUUUGAUAGCAAGGAGGCUGAUUUACGCGCUCGUGGCAUCAAGCCAGUUAAGAUAGAUGUGAAAGACGAAUACAAAGAAUUCGAAAAGUUGAUUCAGGAGGACUUGCGGGAGGUGGAUGAUAGGCUGGAAGAAGAGGAGAUUGAUGCAGCUGAGAUGAUAGAAGAGGCAGAAUCUGUAGAGCAAAAGGUUUACACGGGAAGAGUGGAGAUAUUACGGAAGAAGAAGCUGGAGUUGAAGGCUGCUAGGUCUGCAAAACGUAUGAAAGGUUCUGAAGAAGUCAGCGAGGAGUCUGGACAAGAAGAGUCAUCAAGUGAUGAUGAUUCUGAAGAGAACUUUGCAGUUGAUUGGAGGGCUCAACAUCUCUAAUAAUACUGAUAUUGCUCGAUCGAAAUGAUAAAUGAGUCAGAUAAUCUUAAGGGGUAGCAACAGUUCCACAGAGCCAAUCAGAAUGCAAUGGUCGAGGUGGAAGGCGAAUAGUAAGUUCAUUCAAAAAAGCCUCAACUUCCUUUACCAGGCAGACAGAAUCGUCAGAUAGGUUUGGGUUUGGGAUUGCCAGAAAAGUUUUUGUGACGACAAUUUGUUGAGUUGGAUGAACUUGAACGUAACUUUCUUUGUAGAUGAUUUCACUAACAACCUCUGUGGAUUAAAUAUGGUGAUGUGAUUCAUCCUGUCCAUAUUGUUAGGUUUCAAAUUGAGGGAGGAAAAGUUGUUCAGAGUGUAAACGAUAUGCAAUGAUAGUGCAGCUAUUACGUCCUAGCCUUCGAUCUUUUGCUUACAUUCAACGAAGGUCACUCUGAUUUCAAGUUUUUCA